AUUAAUCACAUUAUAUCAAUAGUCGGUAAUGUUAUUAACAUUACAAUCGAUCGACUUGAUGGUUGACGAACUUUCAUAGCCUCUCGAUGAUGAUCAUGGAACUCGGCUAAUUCAAGUGAUAAAGCUUAUUGACCAUCAUUGACCACGUGUGUGUGUAACUGUACAAUAAUAAUACUGUACAGUACUACCACAACCGUAAAGUAUGUAUAUUGGUUUAUAACUUGUUAAAAUCGUGCAAUGUCAUGUAGUAUACAUACGCGAAUUACAAAUUAAUUAAGUUAUUUGUGCCGUCCUCUGGUUAACAAAAUUAUGUAAUGCGCAUGUAAAUGCGAUGGCCUCGUUACAUACAAAUCGUAUAGUUAGUGACACUACUACACAGUUUUUUUCGUUAAUCGAGAGAUUGAUUUCAUUGACUAAUGCGAAACUCAGCGACAAGAAACAGAUCAAUGCAUAUUUGAACGAUCUCAAUGAUCUGGAUUACCGAUGUCUCGAUAUUGUAAAUAAUAACGCAAUUUUAUUAUUAGUGAAUCAACUCUGCGCGGCUGUUCUACCUACAGAAACAUCUUUAGUUCAAAAUGUUUGUAAAUUUUUAUAUAAUUUAACUCAAAACAAUAUCAAACUCCACGGUCGGACAUUUGUCACCUGCAGACGUUGGAUUUUAGAAGCACUGGAAUUUUCUGAACCAUUAGCACAAGUCGAUGUGUUAAUCGCUAUCAAAAGCUUUUUACACUUUGGCUACUAUGAUGAUAUCAAUCAUCAUGUACGUAUAUUACUCAGAGAUAAGGGUUUGCUAAUAAAGCAUUUAAAUCCACUAUGUAAUCCAUGGUCUGAAAUCAAUUUUCAUGCCCUUGGAUGUUUAGAAGAAAUUGUGAUGAACAAAAGUAACAGUUAUUGUUUAUUGGAAGAAUUUAUAUAUUUAAUAAAAGAUAUAAUUUUUAAGAUUCUAUCACUUUUACCAUACCACAAUGACGAUAAGAUUUAUUACAGUAAGGUCGUAAAUUCAUGUCUGCACAUUUUGCAUUGCAUGAUUUUUGAAAAAUUAAUUCCUAGUUCUCCUGAGUUUGUCGGGGAGACAUUAGGAGUGGUGCAAACGUUCUUAUUUUAUGGCAUCAAAGGUUAUUCUGUCACAAGACCACAAUUACUUCGUCCGGCUGCAAUGAAUCUCCCAGAACGUGUUCAUGUGGUUCCCAAGUGCAAGAAUCUCAAGAAUCACAAAGUAAAACCCAAGAAAACACCGAUCAAGAAAGCUUCGUCCGACAUAGGAAAUAAUACUCUUCCAGAUUACACUGGAAUCGCCAAGUAUUCUAGCGAUUCGGAUACUUCGGAUACAGAGAUCAACAAUUCUGUCCAUAUUGACUCCAAAGUGAGAUUGGGAGCCAUACGUUUACUCCAGACUCUUAUAGAAAUUACUCAAAGUAGAGAGAUUUUUGGGUACUGGCCGCAAAUCGUAGCCACCGGCACGCGAAAUGACGCACGAGUGUUGACAAGAAGCAUAUUGGUCGAGCCUGUAUCGAAAAUACGACAGAAUGUAUUGAGUACGUUAACUGAACUGCUGACAGGUGCGAAACCAUUUCUGAUACAUGCCGAAGAUACAAAUCAUACCUCUUUCAUCACAUUCUUUGGCACAGUAUGCUUAAUGAUCAAGGAACUGCAUUUUACAUUAUCGUUAAUUUUGCUCGCUGAAAAGAAUGUGGCUGUAUUAACGCAUGCGUUAAAAUGCACGACGGCUCUUGUACAGGGCACCCCAUACGAACGACUGAAACCAGGUUUGGCAACCAAGUUAGUUAGGAAUUGUAAGCCACACAUAUUUCACAAAGAUCCGACUGUGCGAGUUGCGGCGUUGUCCACUUUCGAAGCAUUUGCCUCAAGCGAGCCUAUUACUCAGGAAAUAUUAAACAUAUUAGCUAAGCAAACUGUGGAUGGAACAGAGUCAGAAAGGUCACAGCUUGAUAUUAGCUCCAUCAGUGAUGUUCAAACGGAAGAAGAAGAGAUAGAUAUCGAAGAUAUGGAAAAUUCGGCAAAUAGUAACAAUGACAUCACAUCAAUAUCAAAAGAUGAAAGCAUUUGUUUGCUUGUUCACAUUUGCUUAGAGAAUAUAUCCAAUAAGUCGGUUAAUACACCCGUACGACUUCAGUCUUUGAAACUUAUGGGGAGGUUGGCAUUUAAUACGGGAAGUCUCGUAUUUCCUUAUUUGGAGAAAGUGACCACGACUUUAAUUUCGGUUAUGGAGGAGUCGGAGAGCCAAGUGGUGUUACACACGUGUCGAGUUCUAGAGAUUAUGUCCGGUUGUCUCGCAAACAUCGAGACUUAUCAUAGCAGUGGUAUAUUAUUUUGGAACAUUAUAUUUAAUUCUAUGAUAUCGCUCGCACAAACGUCGCAGACGAUACUACGAGAAGCUGCUUGCGAUUGUCUAGGUAGCAUCAGCGGCAACGUAUUCACGCAAUUAUCGAGGCAAAAAGUUAUAUUAAUAAUUACAAUACUGUUUGGAGCAGUUCGCGAUGAAGAAAGUGCUGUGAGAGCAGCUGGUUUACGUGCGUUAGGGAUGUUGGUAACUUUACCAGCGUUGGAAUACGAUACCGGUUUUCUUAUGGAUUUGGCUGAUACAAUUUGUUCAGCUUUUGAGGAUAAAAAUCUCGGUGUUCGUGUGAAGAGCGCUUGGACAUUGGCGAAUCUGUGCGACUGUCUUUCCAGGCAAAAGCAGCAUGAAGAUGUAGAACCACUUCCUUUAGAAGAUUUAUUACCUAAAUUGUAUCUUAUAAGCGUCAAGGCUGCAAAAGAUAAUGAUAAAGUGAAGUGCAACGCCGUUAGAGCAAUUGGAACUAUUUUAUACCUAUGUUCACAGAAACAAAUACUUUCCGAUACAACAUUAGGAUUAGACGCGCUUAUCAAAUGUGCCAUUUUAGGAAACGAUAUGAAAGUACGAUGGAACGCUUGCCGAGCUCUAGGAUUGGUUUUGAGCCAUGAUCCAGAUGCGAUAUUGCCACCUUCUUGGAAAGAUCAAGUAUUUCCAGCGCUUUCCACUUUGAUAUGUGAUAGUCCUAAUUUUAAAGUGCGCACCAAUGCUGCAUGGGCAUUGUCCUCAUCCAAUCAUUACGGCAAGUAUACCGUAAUGUUGUGGAAAAGUAUCGUAUUAGCAUUUGAAAAUGCUCAACAUGUUCCAAGCUACGUUGAAUAUCCGCAUCGAGAUGCACUGAUUCAGCAAUUGUGCCUUACUCUUGGUCGCGUCGCUGCCUGUACUGAAAAAUCUGAACUGCAAAACCUUUGGCUCGAGAUUGGCGACCAUGUAGAAGAAAUAUCUAAUUUCGUGAAGCAAUUUCAAGAGACUGUUUUGCCUGAAAAACUAGGAGAUUUAAUUAAGGCGAAAGCUCAAUUGGAACAACAUGUGAGGAAUGCAUGUUCUGUCGAGGAGCGACACAUCGCCCAAUCUUUGGCAAAUAUAUUUGAGAGAACUAAUCGUUACGACAAUCUAGAUGCCAUUAACCCUAUGAUAUAGAUUUUUGUACAGCUAAAAUUAUUAAAAAUAAAGUAUAACAUUUUCCAACACGUA